CGUCAAGAUGCUGCGGAGGUCUGUGCUGCCGUUGGCACGUCGUGCCUUCCCGCGGUCCGCGGCUAGCCUAGCGCCGUCCUGUGCUGCUCCCAAGUACUUUUCACGUGCCUUCAGCGUUGCGGAGCAGAGUCAGCGGCAUGUGAUCGCCGCGCUGGUUGUCAACCAGCCUGGUUGUCUGGCCGAGAUCGCCAACCUCUUCGCCGCUCGAGGCUACAAUAUUGACAGUCUGGUUGUGGGUCGCACGGAGGUCGAGGAGCUCUCCCGUAUGACGGUUGUCGUCAACGGCACUGCGCAGAGUGUUGUCAACAUGAAGAAGCAGCUCGAGGAUGUCGUGUAUGUUGCUGUGGUCAAUAUCCUGAGCAGUGGCAAGAACGCUGAAAAGAACUACGUCGAGCGCGACCUGAUGCUGGCCAAGGUGUCCACGGCCGAGGCUGGAUCUCGCGCUGAGGUGGUGGAGCUUGCCAACCUGUUCGACGCCAAGGUGAUUGACGUGCGACCGCACCAGGUUAUGGUACAACUGGCUGGCACCCCUGGUCGCAUUGAGGCAUUUUUGGACCUGCUAAAGCCGCUGGGUAUCACAGAGAUCCACCGCAGUGGGGUCAUUGCGAUGGCUCGCAGCACCAGUGUGACCGACGACCUGGGCGAUCUCUCGACGUUUGAGGGCGCCACGCGAACGCUUCUGGACGAGGCCGAUGACGAAGAGUUCGAUGUCUCUCGCCUUCCGCCUGGAUAAUAUGUUGGUAGAGUUAUGAUCAUGCCAUCACCUUUUUCUUCGAUAGGACUUGUGCCUGAUGACAAUUGCAGCAAGGAACGUGCUAGCGAAGAUUG